CUCUGUUGAAAUAGGAGGGGCUGUGCAUGUUUGUGUUAUUCUGAGGACUAAAGGCGUGACCCAUUCAGUUUUGAAUUGACUUGCGGCUUUUUUAUUUUCUCCCCACCCCUCUGGAGGGUUGUGGAUUUCGAAUCAGAUCCAAAAGGCUUGCAAAGGCUUGCAAAACAUUUUCGAUCUGUAAUAACAACAGUAGGGUUUUUUCAGUUGUUCUUUUUAAAGGUGUUUUUUUUUCCACCACCAUGAUCAUGUAGUACGCUGGAUUUACUUUCCGAUGAAAUUGAGCAAAAUUAUUUAAUUUUUAAAAUAUACAUACAUUUUGAAAGAUAAACUUUCCUUACAAAAGCCCUAUCUGGGAUUUCACUCACCUGAUGGGAGACUGCUAACUUUUAUGUAUACUUCAGGGUUGGUUCAGGAAUAACUUGUUUGCAAGAUAAAAUCGACCCAGGACUGACAGUUUUCUAAGUUAUCCAUGGAUCUGACCAAAUCCUGUAUAACCUGAAAGGGGGGCAGGGGUUGACAAUGCUGUUUCCUUUACCCUGAGUGGGUAACCCUUGACCAGGGCCUGCCGACUGGGAAAUUUGUUGGACCUGAUAAACCUCAGGACUGAUUCUGAAGAAAGAGACGAAUUGUUUUGGUCCUUUCCUGGAAAGUCUAUGAAACUCCUUUGAUUUCACAAAAGUGUUUAAGAUUUCAAGGCACAUGGCAAGUGCUGUGCUUAAGUAGGGACUUAAGUAUUCAAGGAACCACGGCAGUGCUUGUGGUGGGGAGACCUUUUCGUGUCAGCAGCGGAUUGUACCAUAGUGAGUAGCCAUGGCAAUGAAAGCCAGGGCUCUCUACAGCUUCCGCAGCGAAAACAAGGAGGAGAUCAGCAUCGAGGAGAACGAAGAGCUGGUCAUCUUCAGCGAGAACUCGUUGGACGGGUGGCUGCAGGGGACCAAUAGCCGUGGCGAGACAGGCCUCUUUCCUGCGUCCUACGUGGAGAUCCUUCGCUCCAGGACAGCCUCGACUUACUCAGACUAUUCCAGCAGCCCAGCCAGGUCCCCUGGGAAUGGCUCCUCCUGCUAUGGUACCCCGUCCAACACCAGUGUCUCCCACCAGGGCAGCUUUGAAGAUGACGACGAUGAUGACUGGGAUGAGUGGGAUGAUGGCAGCACUGUGGUGGAGGAGCCCAGGAGCAGGCCUGGCACCAACGGGCACCCGUCCCCAUCUUACCCUGGGCCAUACAAUAUGGGCUACCGGCCCAAGCCUUCCUUGGAGAGGCAGGACAGCAUUGGGUCUUCCAAGAGGGGCAGCGUGGUGGGGAGGAACCUCAACCGCUUCUCUUGCUUUGUCCGGUCUGGGGUGGAGGCCUUCAUCUUGGGCGACGUCCCCAUGAUGUCUAAGAUCUCGGAGGCCUACUACAUUGACAUGGGCCCCAGUGGGCCCCAGUGGAGGCCCAGUCCUCACCCUCUGAUCUGCUCCGUGGAGGAUCCCACCAAACAGACCAAGUUCAAAGGCAUCAAGAGCUACAUCUCCUACCGGCUGACGCCCAGCAGCACCAACUCGCCCGUCUACCGGCGGUACAAACACUUUGACUGGCUGUACAACCGGCUGCUGCACAAGUUCACCGUUGUCUCUGUGCCCCACCUUCCUGAGAAGCAGGCUACGGGGCGCUUUGAGGAGGACUUCAUUGAGAAGCGCAAGCGGCGGCUGAUCUUGUGGAUGGACCACAUGACCAGCCACCCGAUGCUGUCGCAGUAUGAGGGCUUCCAGCACUUCCUCACCUGUGGCGAUGACAAGCAGUGGAAGCUGGGGAAGCGCCGGGCAGAGAAGGACGAGAUGGUGGGCGCCAGCUUCCUGCUGACCCUCCAGAUCCCAACGGAGCACCAGGAUUUGCAGGACGUGGAGGACAGAGUGGACACGUUCAAGGCCUUCAGCAAGAAGAUGGAUGACAGCGUGCUGCAGCUGACCAACGUGGCUUCCGAGCUGGUUCGGAAGCACCUGGGCGGCUUCCGCAAAGAGUUCCAGAAGCUGGGCAACGCUUUUCAGGCUGUGAGCCAGUCCUUCCAGAUGGACCCUCCCUACAGCUUCAGUGCGCUCAACGGUGCCCUCUCGCACACGGGCAAGACCUACGAGGCCGUGGGGGAGAUGUUUGCCGAGCAGCCCAAGAACGACCUGUUCCUCAUGCUGGACACGCUUUCCUUGUACCAGGGGCUCCUCUCCAACUUCCCAGACAUCAUCCAUCUUCAGAAAGGUGCCUUUGCCAAGGUGAAGGAGAGCCAGAGGAUGAGCGACGAGGGGAAGAUGGACCAGGAGGAGGCAGACGGGAUCCGCAAGCGCUGCCGCGUGGUGGGCUUUGCCUUGCAGGCGGAGAUGAACCACUUCCACGAGAGGCGCAUCUUGGACUUCAAGAGGAUGAUGCAGUCGUACCUCAAGCAACAGAUCAUCUUCUACCAGAGAGUCAGUCAGCAGCUGGAGAAGACCUUGCGGAUGUAUGACAGCCUCUAGUACCUCCCGGCUCUCAUUUGCCUGGCAUCAGGAGGAUGAGCUAGGCUUGCAUUUUCCUCUGCGCCUGGACAAGAGUACCUCUGGGCAUGAGAAGUGUGCCUUCCUACCAUACAGCCAGGCUUGCACUUUUAAGGGGGUUUAGGAAUGGGGGGUUGAGGUGGAGGGCUCAUUGCCAGGUGGGCUUGGGUGCCUUUGAAGCCCCUCAGUAUGCACACAAUCAAAAAGGGAAGCUUGCAGCACCAGCAACCCAACUCCACGUUGUAGCUUCUCUAUUUGUCCAUACUGAACGGAGAGGCAAAACGACAUUCCAGCAAACACACCAUCCUGUCUUCUUCCUGAUCUGCAUUGUUUACAGAGGAAGUGAGAAAUUAUGUUUUGUAGACAAAUUGGAAACAGAACUUUUGUCAUUUUGGAGUUUAUUCUUUGCUCUCUGCUGCUUCUCAGGCUUGAUCUUCUAGAGUUUUCUCAUCCUAAUUGUGCCCUGCCCCCCUCUGAAUUGAUGAAUGAGAUCAGGGUUGUUUGUUGCUUAUCACAACUCAAGUACUUUCUAGGUAGGUUGUGGUGAGCUUAAAUAAGUGUUUUUUUAAAAAAGGCAGAGGGAUUGGAAUGUAAAUUUUGGUGUAACAGAAUGGAUCUUUUGGGGAAAUAACACAAACACACAAGGUAUCAGCACCUUUGUAUUUUUUUCUAAACUGUCCACAGAGAUAACUAUAGGAUUGUUAUUUUUUUGUAUUCUAAAAUCAAAACAAUACUUGGGAACCACAAUUUUUACAUUCUGCUUGGUUUGUUACUGAAAGAGUAUUUUGGGGCAAAAUUCAAA